AUGUCUGCUCCUCCUGAUGAAGGUCAGUCUGAGCUUUUACUUUCUUAAAUCGGCAGAAAUGUGACUGGGGUUUGGUGUGAACUGAGCUCACCCCUGCAGCGGUCGGACCUGCUUUUCAUUGACCUGAAAUGACCGCCUUUAACAACAUGACACCGUGAUGGAUCGACUCUUUUAUUCCAGACUCUCAAUAAACUCUGGAAGUUUCUGAUAGACGCUCUUAACUCACACACAGACUCUGGAUUAGGGAUUUAAACUCUAGAUUAGGAUUAAAGAGUUAAAGUAAAGUAGAAACUCUCGGGGGGAAACAGGAGAAUUAAAAAAGUCUCUAAAAGCAGCAGCUCUCGGUCACUUUCGACUCUUUAAUCGAACAUUGGAGGAAGAUCUUCGCCGAAUUUCGUUCCGGUUGAUAAUCGAUCGAUCAUUGCAUCAGAAACUACCGGCUGCGUUUCUGAUCACAUGGGAGGAAACAUGAAAAAAACCUCUUAGAAACGAGAAAAACUUCAGAUUUACCUGCUGAAGCUGCUGCAGAAAAAUCCAGAGAGGACAGAAACAGUCGGAGAGGACAUAAAAAAGGACAAAUCCACAGUUUUUUCGAUUAUUGCGCGAAAAUUUUUGGCGCAGCAGCUUCACCCCCCACCCCCCAUCUCUGACGUCAUCGACCCUGUAUUCAGAGCCUGUUUACUGGUUUACAGACCAGUCCACCCAGUAUAUUAAAAACCGACCUGGACCCCCCAAUCAAAACCAAAAACCGGGUUUUAGUUCUUCUUUAUUUUCGUCUCGUUUCCCCAAAAAGAAAAACCGACAGAGAAAAAACAGAGUGAGUCUGAGAUCCAGAGAGGAGGGGGGGACAGGGUCAGGGGUCCGAAAAUAAAAGAAGAUCUGAGAGUUUAAUAAAAGAGAGUUAGAGAGUCUGUUCAGGGGAAUUAAAUCUGAUUUUAAUGAACAUGAAGAUAAACUUUUUUCUCCUCCAAACUGAAGAACUGAAGCUCUGCUCUCUCUGACAUGUUUCCUCUCUGCUCUGAAUUAACAUCACGUGACUUUAGUGAGUUUUUCUCUGGAAAUUUAGUGAAUUUUCGUUCAUUCAAAAAUAUUUCUCAACGAAAUUUCAACAAACUUUCAGACAGAAUCAGAAAAUAAUCCAAAACUGACUGAAUUUGUCUUUUCUGGAGUUAGAAAAUGAAUCUUCAGAUUAAUGUGAAUUUAAUCUGAACUCAUGUUUGUGAGCUGGAGUCACAAAAGUCUGAAUUAUAAAGUGAAAUGAUUCAUAAAUCCAUGAGGAACUCAGACCUGCUCACAGCUUCAGUUUCUGAGGAGAUGAUCAUGUUCACUCUGAGAAACCAGGAGAAGAGCUGGAGAGAGAGAGAGAGAGAGAGAGAGGGAUGAAGGAAGGAAAGAAAGACAGAAAAAUAAGAGUAAAAGAGGAGGAGAACUCUGUGAACCCUCUGAACUGACAGCAGCGGGUAAAAACACAUUUCCUCUGGGAGCCUGUGAGGGUGAAUGAAUGAGUGAGUGAGUGGGUGAGUGAGUGGGGGUUGGGUGGGGUUAGCUGGGGUGAGAGAGUCCAAAGUCUGCUCAGAAAAGUUGGUUUAGUAUUCAGAGAGUUCAGGAAUCUGCUGCAAACUCAGAGAGAGGGUUUCUGUUUCUGUUUCUGUUUAAGGAGAUGAUCAGAGUCUGAAACAGUGAAGCUGCAAACUUCUCUGAAACUCUUUUACUCUAAAGUUUCAUAAAAAUGAGGAGAAAAAAACAAGAGUUUGUUUUAUAAAGAGUUCAGUUUGUGAUCUUCAUACUGAGUCCUGAUGUUACUGUUACACACAGGAGAGAAAAUCCUGUUUAAAAGGAGAAAACAUGUUUUUAUUUUCAUCAUUUCUCCUGAACAUGAUGAGAGUUUAACAAAAGUGAAGGAUCUGAAUCUAAUCAAUGUUCAAAUAAAUCUAUAAAAACAGGAUAAUUUACUUUGAUAGAAACAUUCAGACUGAACUUUAAAUCAUUUUCAUUUCCAUCAUCAGGCCCUGAAGGUUCAGAAGUUUAACAGAGUUUAUAUAAAAAAACACACGAAUUAAAGGUCAAAGAAAAAUUCUCAGGCUGAACAUAAAAGAAAAAAACCUUAUUUAACUAUUUUUAACAAAAGUUCAUCAUCGAUCCUCGAACCGACCUCAGUCAGCAGAGGUAGAAAUCACAGAUCAUCACAGAAACUGUCUCAACAAACCAACUUCAUUCAGGAUUAUUAUUCAGGCUUUUUCAGAUUUAUUCAGGUUUAUUAUUCAGGUUUAUUCUGGAUUAUUCUGGUUUAUCAUUCAGGACUUUAAAAAGUUCUCCUCUUUUCUAUCAACGUUUUAAACAAAGAAAAGUUCAUUCUCUCCCAAAAGUUCAGACAGUUUAAACUCUCUUAUUCUGAAGUAAAAGUUACUGAUGUCAAUAAAAAUGAAGUUUAUCUUCUUACAGAUCAAAAAACUUUAACUUUAAAAUAAUCAUUGGAGAAACAGUCUCUUUAAAAAACACCAAAAUGAUUUAGAUUUAACUAAAAACUACGGACAAAUAAAACUUUAACAGGUUUAAAAAGAAGUUUUCAAAGUUGAAGUUUGAAAUCUGUUAAGAUGGAUAAACCUCCUUUAGAUGUCCCACCUAGUUUUUGAAACAAAUACAGUCCACAAGACAAACAGAGAGAUCACAUGAUCAACACCAACAAAACAAGAACAACACGUAACAAAGACGACAAAAAACAAAGACGACAAAAACCAAAGACGACAAAAAACAAACUUCACCUCCACAGAGAAGAAGAAAAGUCCGUCUAUCAGCUGAGAAACAUCAAACUUCUGUAUAUCUACAAAGUUAAGAGUGGAAUAAAUCAGACUUUUAAAGUGAUUCAGUUAUAAAGUUAGAUUUUCCUCUUUCUCUCCUUUUCUGUUCGUUUUCCUAACGUUGAGUUUUUUUCACACAGAUGAGAGAAAAAUGAUAUUUGGACGUUUUUCAGGUUGAGAAAACCAACAAACGAAAAUAAACGAGACUUUAGUGAGAUCUUUGAAAACACGGUGAAAACACAGACGUAAAUCAGAGACGCUGGAGUUACAGGACGGUUCAGUUUUUAGCUGUAAAGUUUCUUCUUCUUCUGAAUCUGUUAUUGAUCAUUUUUAAUGUUGAUCAGUUUUGUUGUUUCAUAAAAGCAGAAAAACAGAAGCUGAAGUUUUUAGUGCUGAAGAUGCAAACAGAUAAAAAUAAUCAGGAUAAAAUCACAAAUCUUCAUUUCUGAGGCCUUUUCAUUCAUGUGUUCAUUUGUUCAUGUGUUCAUGGAGGUUUUCUGUCCUUCACCUCAUCAUCAAUAUCUCCUUUUUUUCAUCUUUCGCUCUCAGACCCUGAAGUUAAUCUCUCUUUUGGUAUUUCAGGCUUUUCCUUAGACUAACAGUCCCACCCUAAACACCACCUCUGUUGUCCUCACACACUCUCACACUCACACACACUCACGCUCACACACACACACUCACGCUCACACACACACACACGGUCGUGUCCUGAUUCCUCCUGACGUGUCCUAAUCAGAAAGGUCCUGUCAGGAUAUGAGUGAGUGGAGAACAUCUGACGCUGCUCUCCAACCCUCUGACCCAAACAGUAAUUCUGUGGCCACGGCGAGGCCUCCUCCUCUGCAAGCAUCUUCAAAAACAGGCCUGAGCGAGCGAGCGAGCGAGCGAGCGAGGGCGGGCGCAGGAGGAGGAGGAGGGAUGGAUGGGGGGCAGGGGGAAAGCUCGUGAAUUCCGGAGGGUGGGCUCUUUAGCCCCGGUGGGUGGAGAUGGGCUUGUUGUUGUUUCAUUCCUCCAACCUGUUUUUCCUCUUUUCCUCGUUCUCGGGAAUAACCCCUCCGAGAAACCAGGGUGGGUGUCAGAUCAGAGGAAGUUUGUGAAUGAAGGUGGAGGUGUUUUUCAGACUUGGUAUUGAUCUGCUGGGUGGCCUCAAGUAACCGCAGCCCCCUCCUCCCACCCUCCUUCCCUCCCUCCGUCAGUCAGUCAGUCAGACCUGCUCUUCCUGCUCUGAACUUCAGCGAGAGACUGAUGGACAAAAACUCUCAACUAAAGACGAGAGAGCAGAAGUGGAGGCUGAGAAACAACACACUCACUCUCUGUCUUCUCCUCUGCUUUUCUGUCUUUUUAGGAGCAGAUUUGAUCAAACACAUGUAAAGAAAAAUCAGCCUGUUGAAGCGUAAACAAAACUGAGAGAAUCAAACUAAUAAAGUCAUAGUUAGAUAUUUCAUUCACUGUUUCUAGACUUUAAAAACACUUCAUGUUAAAAUAAGAACCUCUCUGAAAAACGAGUUUUUAUUCUUGGCUGUGAAGUUUGGAGAUGAGAUGUUCCUUUAUUAGUCCCACAGGAGGAAAAUCAAGAAUAGUUUAGUUACAAAAGGAGAAAAAUUAAAAGAUAAAGAAACUUUAAGUUAAAACAAGAUAUGUGCACGCCUUGUAUUUACAUCUGUACAGAACUGACAUAAUAAUAAUGUUAACAUGGUUAGGUGGAAACUUUGUGUUCAGGAGAAAAGUCGUUGUUUAUGGGUAGAUUGAUUUAACGUAAUCAUAUUUCUUUAUUUAUGAAAACCAAACCCAAUUUUUAAGACCCCAUUAUCGGCACAUUUAUUAAUUUCAGACCAGUUUGGAAUGAAAACACAAAAAUAAGAUUUCUGUAUUUGUGGAUCAGUUUGUAAAGUUUUCAUCAAACUUUUACUUUCAUUAAAUAAGUUUAAAGACUUUAAUCCAGUCAGGUUAUAGAAGGAAAAAUAAAUCAAUACAGACAGAGGAAAGUUUUUCUUUUUAUAAAACAUUAUCAUAGUUUUCAAAUCUAACAUGGACAAAGUUCUUUAAAGAGGAUAAAAGUGUUUUUUUUUUAAGUUUUUAGACGUUUACAGACUUUAUAACAGUUAUAUAAAUCUAACCAUCACAGGUUACAUCCAAACAAACAUAAUAAUUAAAGUUCAUGUUCGGUUUAGUUUUAAACUUUAUCAAACCUUAUAAAACGUUACCUUAAAGUGUUUAAAAGAGGCUGAACGUGUCGGCAGGUUUUAAGAAAGAAAGGAAGUCCGAUUAUAACUCUGAUAAUUGUGAAAGUUUAACUCCAAAUCUUUUAAUUCUUAUUUUUAAAGUUUUUAAACACUUAGAGAGUUUAAUAAAGUUAUAUAAAUCUAACCGUCUCAGGUUACGUCCAAACAUACAUAAAAAUAAAAGUUCAUGUUCAGUUUAGUUUUAAACUUUAUAAAACUUUUUAUAAAACCUUUAAGUGUUUAAAAGAGAAUGAAAGUGUUGGUGGUUUUAAGAAAGAAAAGAACUUUGAUAUUUGUGAAAUCCUAACUUAAAAUCUUUUGAAUCAUUUGUAUUUCUAAAGUGUAAUCUGUUAGUUAAAGUUCCCUCUGACACAUAAAAGCUCCAUAAAAAAAAAAGAUUAAAGUUUGAAUUUGAAAUAUGUAUAAACUUUACUUAAGUCUUUCUCACGUUAGUAAGUAAGUAAGUAAAGUUUGUUUAUAGAGUGAUUUUAACAGAUCAAAAUCACAAAGUGCUGUAGAUAAAAUAAGUACAAUUAGAUAAACAUAAACAGUAUAAAAGAAAAGUACAAAUACAAACACAAAUAUGUUAAAAACGUCUUCACAUAUCAAACUUUGCUGUGAAGGUCAUCAUGAGUGAACAUAUUUUUAUCUUUAUAAUUAAAUUUUCAAAAACAUUGAAUACAAAUAAUAAAGUCAACUGGACAAAUAUGAUGAGGACAGUCAAGUUUUUAAUGAGUUUUAAACUUAUUUUCUCUCUCCUGUGUUUUCAGUUUAUGAACUUAAAUCAGUUUUACACUCUUCUCUGUUUUCUGUAAUUCGCUCACUAAAAACACUUAAAGCUGACUCCCUUUCCUUCUUAUUUAAAAUGAUUUAAAUCUAUUUUAAGUCUUUUUUUUAAAAACACCCUCUCUGAGUGUUUUUUCCUCCCUCUCGGUCUGAUUAUCUCCUGACAGCUGCAGAUCAGGGACUGAAAACAUCAGUUUGCAGGUUUGUUUUUCUGGGUUUUUCUCUCACAUUCCUAAGCUGUGAGUUCAGCUCUCCUCUGGUGCCCAGUAUAUGAUACUGGGAGGUAACUGGUCGUGUGUUAGGAACAUGAGCUCCACCACAACAGCAUGUCCAUGCAUGGACAGCAUGGACAUGAAAACUUUACACCUUUAUUUCUUUCUACUAAAGUCUGAAAGGUAAAGGGAGAGUUUUCCUGUCACACAGACCCGGUUUGAGUCCGCUCAGGUUCUGCUCUUCAGAACCUGAAAUACUUCAAUAAUCCUCAGAAGGGAAGUUGGUUUCUGUUGCAGUAACUCCAAACAAAGUCGAAAGAGAGGAUCAAUAAUCAAUAAAAUAAGUAAAAAUUGGUGUUUUAAACUCUUUUCGAGUAUCGGGUCUGAGACACUAACAUUAUGCUCCGUGUUUGUCUUCAUGUUUGUUUGUAUCUCAGGGUGACUCUGUGUUUGAUAAACUGAUUUAAUCUUUUCUUUAAUAUGAUUCAUUAUUCUGUUUUCCUUUCAGACAUGAGUCUGAAUUUUACAUUUAGGUCUGUUAGUAGAGAUUAAAAAUAAAAAGAAGCUGCACGUGUUUAUCGACAGUGAGUGUUUUUAGGUGAACCAUGUUUGUCUAAAGAAACUCUUAUUUAUUCUGCGUUUCCUCUGUCGUUGACCUUCUGGUCUGUUUUAAAGGAGAAUUGCUGACUUCAUACGUGAAAGUGAAAGUAGUUUGAUUAUUUUCUUUCUCUUUCUUUCUUUCUUUCUUUCUUUCUUUCUUUCUUUCUUUCUUUCUUUCUUUCUUUCUCUCUCUAUUCCAGCCUCGGUGAUUUCUCACUUUGACAAUCUCAUGUCACAUACAAACAUUUCUUAUCCAUUAGUUGGAAGGAAGAAGAAACAUCUUAUAUUAGCUGACCCCUCACUUAAAGUCUAAUAGUUUAUUAAUCGAUCACUGAGCAACAUUCAGACCACAAAACUAAAACAACAAAACAAAAACAAACAGAUCAGAGUUUCAAAUGGACUUAUGGGUCACUGAGCUAGACUCUAGUCACACCAUGAAGUAAACAAAACAAAAACAAAACAAAACAAAACAAAACUAAACUAGUCUAAACUAAAGUAAAACAAAAACCAAAAACAUAUUUUCUGUCUGACUUAUUGGUCACUGAUCUCUACUGUAGUCACACCGUGAAGUAAAUAAAACAAACAUAAUAAUAAAUAUGAAUAAAAACAACAUUUCAGUCUGACUUUCCUACUAGAAUCAUCAGUUACUUUUUACUUUAUUUUCUUGUCUUGUUACAGAUUUGUUCAGGUCUUCACUUCACUACUUUAACAGCUUAAAAUGUUAAAUGUUCUAUAGAUCAUUUAAUAUGUUGUCUUACUAACAAAACUGAACAUAUACUAAACAGACUGUAAACAAACCUACAUUAAUACUCUAACUGAUAAUACUCUCAUUUCUUUGCUUUAGUUGAAUUUUGUUCCUAUCUUUCUGCUCUGAUGUUUAUUGUUUUUCUGCUGCUAUGACAACAACCCCCCCCCCCCAAAGGAAUCAUUAAAAUUUAAUUGAAUCCUUUCUAAUCAAAUCUGCUUGUAUAACAGCUUCAUGAGGACACACCAACAGUUCCAGCUCCAACAUCUCACUGUGUGUGUGUUUGUGUUUAUAUACAGCAGCAGACUUAGACUCCAUUUUCUAAACUACACAUGAAGGAUGAACACAUGAAGGAUGAACACAUGAAAGUUGCGGGUCCGAUUCCCCCCUCGUACCCUGCAGAAAUUAGCAGCAAGAAAGCAUGUAAUUGACAAAGUCACGUGUUCUCACUACGGGAACGGGCACAGCCAGCUCGCGAGCGAAUGAGAGCGAAGGAGAGAGAGAGGCAGAGAGAGAGAGGGAGAGGGAGAGAGAGAGAGAGAGAGAGCUGUAGUACAGAGGUGGUGUGAGUGAGGAAGGGAUCGAAGGGAAGAAAGAGAGACAUGACAAAAAUAUCAAAAGGCAGAAAGCACGCCGUACCAUGCGAGCUCAAUUUGUGACCGCUGGGAUCGAGGAUGUCGGAUUAAUGGUGACGACCGCAGCCCGUUUUCGCAGAGGAAGCUUCUCUAUCGCAACUUGGGCGCAGAGGGUCCGCGGGGAAACAUGGCCGAAGGUUAUUCUGCAAUUAUUUUCCCAUUUUCUGCCUUAGUUUCUGCCUCUGGAGCCGAGCGGAGGGGGCGGAGAGGGGGGGGCGGCAAGGUGCAGCGAGACCCGCGAAAUCUUCCAAAAGCUGAAAAUAAGAAGAACCGACUCGAACCGCCCCUGAGCGCGAGCGACACAUCCAAGCAAGCACGCGCUCACAUAUAAAGCAUUGUUCGCGUGGAGAGUGUGUCCACAAGUGAAGCUCGAGGAAACCAUGUGUACACCUGCCUGCAGGAGACAACUCUACACGCGCACACACACACACACACAUAUACACACGCACACGCUGCAGAUGCACGAGACAAAUCCUCCACAAGUUCCACUACUGAGCAUACCUGUGCACGAGACAGAGCCGUGCAUCUGUCACGGGGGUGUGGGGUGGUGUGGGGGGGCAAAUAACUUUUUAAUGCGUGGAUGGGCACGCGCCAAACAGUUGUAGUAGUUUCUUCGUGAACUUCCCACAGCCCGUGUUCGUGUUCGUGAGUGGAGGGGAUUCCCCCCACGCUGCUGCUGCUUCUUCAAGAAGUUUUUACGCAACCUCGCGGCGCAUUAAACUUAUAUAAACCCGGUGUGCGCGAGGGGAAACGGCCUUCCGGUGGCGUGAAGAAGGUUUUAACUUGUUUCUCCCAUGUCCCCCCCACCAUCCCCACCCCCUCCACCAUGACUCGUUUCAGGAGGGCCGGUUAGAGGUGGCGGAGAAGACCCCGCCAAGUCCACCACCGAGCAGGAGGACCGGACUCGACCCCCCCAGGUCCUGACGGGAUCGGGAUUCUGUAAGUGGUUCAACGUCCGGAUGGGUUUUGGAUUUAUCUCGAUGACCGGCAGCGAAGGGAGCCCCGUAGACCCCCCCCUGGAUGUUUUCGUCCACCAAGUAAGUCCAGAAAAUGUCCCCCCCCCACACACACACACACACAUCUGUCCUCUCUGAGUGAUUGAUCAGUUUAAUUUCCUCCACUGUCUCUUUUUCUCCCUCUGCUCCAUCUUCACACACCCCCAUUACACCACCACCCCCCACUUUGUACCAUCCGGAUGUUUUGUUUCUGCCAACAUGUUGGAGUUUUAUCACAAAAACACCUUUAAGUUUCCUCCUCUUUCUCUCUCCCUCUCUCUCCCCCUUUUUCCUCCCCCUCUGACUGUAAAGGGGGGAGACAUGUCGUGUGUCUGUGACUCGGUUAGUUUCACACUUGCCUCUCCAACAUGUCGGAGGAGGAAGCCCCCUUUUCUGCUCCUUCAGGGUCUUUGGUCCAGAACAUCUCAGGAGGACCAGACUAGAACUGGGCGAUAAGGACCCAAAGUCAGAUCACGAUAUUUUUAGAUUAAAUAUCGAUAGAUGAUAAAUAUCUUGAUAUUGUUAUUGCAGAUGUCAAAAGUAUUUCUAUUUAAGAAGAAUAAAACAUAAACAUAAAUACUCUAUAACCACAGGAGGACCUUUGUUUCCAUAAGGCGCACAAUUAAACGAAAAAUAUAUCUUUAAUUUAAAAAUAACCCAUGAAGUAAAAUAGACUGAUCUUUAUCUGAAAUAAAUGUAUUUAUAAGAGAAAAGCAUCAACAUUUUGACAAAUAUAAAUAACAGAUUAAAAUCAAAUGACACAUUUUCUUCUUCUCUCUAAUAAACGACAAACACUAAAUGACCUUCCACUGGUUUAUAAAUCUCUAAAUGGUUUUGGUCCAGAAUAUAUAAAAGAAUUGGAAAAUAAUUCAACUUUAUUGUUAUUGCACAAGUACACAAGUUUACAUCCAUCCAGAAGUGCUGAGUGAGUAUAAAUAUAUUUACAAAUGUACACAGUAUGAAGGGAUAUAUUCAUGAGUGUGUCAUGGAGUAUAAAAGAGAAUAUCAGUAUGUUAGUGUGAUAUGUUAGAGGAGUAUAAACCCAGUCGAGCUCUGAGAUCGACUGGCUCAGGUCAGAUAGUGGAGCACAGAGUUUGAACCCGACAUGGUGAAGCAGGAUUUAACUGAUAUUAUUAUUCUGCUGCUUCACACGAGUGGAACAAAAACGACCAGCAGAACUAAAAUCAGACCAAACAGUUUAAAUCCAGGUUUUAAACAUUUCUCUGUUCAUGUGUUUACAGCUGAGCUCUUUUUAGUAAUUUUAAAUUUAUCUACAGCUCCUGCUUUAAACUGUUUUUUUUGUUUUGAUGCUGCUCUUUAAAAAAAAAGUUGUAUUUUUCUGUAAAGCACAUGGAGUUGCCUUGGUGUGAAAUGAACUAUAUAAAUAAAGAAUAAAAUCUGACAAACCCACUAAGUAAGGGCAGCAUUUACAUGUAUAAAGACAGAACAAAAUAAAGAGCUCAGUUUAAGAAAAUAGUUUUUAAUCAUCAUUUUAAGAUUAUUUAUCCGUCUUUAUCUUCUGAACAGUUUAAAACAAGAUUAUAAACUCCGUAAACAUUUCCUCCUCUUCUUUCUUUCUUACUUUGAUAAACAGUUAAUGUUUUCUUCAGGUCGACAUUAGAGGACAGACAAGUGUGUCCUUCUUAACAGAAUCUGAUAUCUGUAGAUCUAUAUAUAUGAUAUGGUCCAAUUCCAAAUCUCAUUUAAAAAUAUACCGAUUUAUUUCUCACAUCGAUAUAUCGCCCAGUUCUAGUCCCCACUCUGUGUUUUGCGUGUCCGGGCUGAUUUAUUGCACACAGAGUUAAUUUCUGACUCCUUAUUUUCACGUUUCUCUGCAGAAAACAAAGAGUAGUCGACCACAAUCCUCCUUCUCUUAAAGGUUUAGUCUCCCCGUUUACAGACCAAUAAAGAGGCUCGAAAAUAGUCUGGGAGGACGAGGACAGGCAUUUUCACUGGUGUUCAUUUGACACCCUCUCCUUGAGGAGGUGUCUUUAUUGUGGGCUCACAGGAUGUUGGGAAGGAGGGGAGCCCAUGAGGGGUCAGAGGUCAGCGCUGAUGUAGUGGUGAAUAAAAAGAUGAGUCCGCUCUUCAUUAUCAUAGAAAUGAGGAUUAGUUUUAAAAAAAAAAGAGCUGACUGGACCAGCUGUUUGUUCUGGAUUAUAAUCCUUUAAUUUGGAUUUAUUUAAUUUAAACACAGAAUCUGUUUUUUUUCUGCUUUCAUAUUAAUGAACAUAACGAGUUAAAUUAACUCUGUUUGUAUUAGUGUCUACAUUUAUUCAUGGAUUUAGCUGCUUUCUUCCUUAAACUGAUUUAGUGUCGUAUUUUUAUUGUUGAGAAUUUUUAUAUAUUUUCUGAUAAUGAGAUAAAAGAUGAAGCUGAGCAGCAGGAAGUCUCUGUAGAAGAAGUGAUUUUGUUUAACUAAAGAGUAGUUCAGUUUGUCCUUUUUAAUUUGAUCUUUUCUGUAUUUCUCGUUUGUGAAAAUUUAGUUUCUGUGAUUUUAAAUAGAGAUGAUCAGAAAAGUGCAUUCAGUGGUGAGUCAUUAUCUGUUAUUGUGUUGGAUAUUUUCACAUCCUAUAUCCCUGAACAUGUUUAAACACGUGCGUCUGUAUCUGUGGUUCUGCUCACAUCCUCUCUGAGUUCAGAUGUUAGUGAGGUGGAGCUUCAGUUUGGGAAAGAGGCUGAAAGUCAAAUCGAUGGUUUCUGUCUCAGCAGUUUGUUUGAGCUGCUGCAGUAAUGGAGUCUGAGGGAAUAUUUUUCAGAUUAGAUUAGAUUAAACUUUAUUGUCAUUAAACUUGUUCAGAAAAAUGCAACGAAAUGCAGUUUAGCAUCAAACCAGAGGAGCAAUAGCACAAGUAUCAGAUCAUAUUUACAGCAUAUAUAAAUAUAUAUGCAUACCUAGAUAUAUGUGUGUGUAUAUUUACACAUACAUAAGAGCCGGUAUGAAGUUGCUAAUGUCAAUAUUUACAUUAUUUACAUCAUUUUACAUUUAACAAAGAGCCAUUAGUGUGAGAGUUUAACUGCAUGAUGUGAUUUUAGAGGCUGAUCUGAGUGAAGAGAGGAGGAAUAAAUCUUUAAACUCUGACCAGUUUGUUUAAAAUCCACAAACUGAUUUCUAUUUAUUUCUAUUUCUAUUUAUUUAUUUAUCACAGAUUAAAAACAGAGCAAGGAGGGAAUGAAGCUGAUAGGGUAAUACAGAGGUCCACUCCAGUCAGGGCAGUGAAGGCGUAAGUAAUGAGGACAUAGACAGGUUAUAAAUAUAAAGGUCAAAACAACAGAGAGACAAUAUAAGUAUAAAUAAAAAGAAACACAAACAUAACAGAUAAUGACGUGAUUAGAUGAGAUUUUAAUGAUAUUUUAAAGGAUUUGAAGGAUAAUAUUGAUUUAUCCAAAUCAUUCUAUAGUUUCGGUCUAAAAGUGAUAAGAAGUUCCACAGAGAGGUGACUGAAGAUGGUCUUUUUGUCUUCAAAACGGUUGAAUUUAUUUCACCAUAAAUCAAAUGUUUACAGUUAAAUUCAGCCCCAGUGUCUCCAGCUGCGUGUUCACAACAAUAUAACUGUCAUUUGGCACAAAAGUGGAAACCAAACGCAGUCACAGGCUUAUUGUCAUGUUGUAUGUAGAAGAUCCCACUCCUCUGCAUGUCUGUGUUCGCCCUCAUUAAUAAAGCAGUCAGUCAUUCUCUCUGUUAGCUUCCUCCUCUGUUUGAUUCUGUUUCUUUUAGUCGUUCUCAUUAAAAUCCAACAUUUAAAUCAGUGUAAGCGUGUAUCUGAAGACCCUGCAGACCUGUGUGAAAGAAGAGUUAUUUAGGUGAAAGAUCUCCCACCUCUCUGCCUGUAAUUUCCGAGGUGGAGAGGAGACUAUCUCACGUUUCCUGCACAAUUCUCAUCCUGUACGUUGAAGAAAGAGAAGAGCGGUGGGGAGUGGAAGAGGGAGCGUGAGGACAGGAGGAAAAAAGGAGGGAGAAGAAGAAGAAGAAGAGGAGGAGGAGGAGGAGUUUUCCUAGGAGAGGGAAAGAGGAGGGAUGUGGGAAAAAAUAAGUGUUGGUGAGAGUCGGGGGGUGGGGGUGGGGGGAGGCGGCGGAGGAGGAAAACAUAAGCGCGAGGUUUGAAAAAGAGGAGCGAGUGGAGGAGCAGGAGGUGAGAGAGGGAGGGUGAGAGUGUGUAUGAGUCAGCGAGAGGGUCUCUUCCUGGGAGGCCUCUUCAUCAGGGCUCCUAUCUGAUCACUUCCUUUUUGAAGGUGUGUGUGUGUGUGUGUGUGUGUGCGUGAGUGAGAGAGAGAGAGAGAGAGAGAGAGAGAGAGAGAGAGAGAGAGAGUAAUUAAGCUUCUUCACCCGCUGUACCUCUCUGCUUCGCCGUUCCACGCACAAAGCCAUUUCAUUAUCUCUGUUUGUUAACCUCUUCUCUACCUGCACUGAGCGAUUCUUUUUUUUCUGUGUGUGUGUGUGUGUGUGUGUGUGUGUGUGUGUGUGUGUGUGUGUGUGAGAGUGUGUGUGUGUGUGUGUGAGAGAGAAAGUGUGUGUGUGAGAGUUCCUGCUGGGACACGGGGGGUGCUCUCUCCUCGGGCAUUCUUUUAAAAAGAGGAAUUUCUUUAAAGACAAAAAGGCAGGAGGGUUGGGUGGGUGUGUGGGGUGAGGGGGGUGAGGGGGUGUGUGGGGUGAGGGGGUGUGUGGGGUGAGGGGGUGAGGGGGUGUGUGUGGUGGCUGAGGUGGGGGGCUGCUUGCCCUUUGUCGGUAAUCAGUUUGAAAUGUUGAACAGUUUGCUUCUGCUGCUGCUGCUGCUGCUAUUCUCCUGAGUGUGUGUUCAAUUUAUGGAGCCCCUGUGAGUGUGUGUGUGUGUGUGUGUGUGUGAGAGUGUGUGUGUGUGAGGGUGUGUGUGUGAUUCCUACUCUCCCUCAUAUCCACCAGGUUGUUGAUGUCUACAUGUGAACCGUUGUAAGAUGUUUUAGGUUUUGUAUGUGUGUGUGUGCGUGCGUGCAAGUGUGUGUGUGUGUGUGUGUGUGUGUGUGUGUGUGUUUUGUGUAGCGAGGUUAAAGUGGGCCCCUAGUGAGAUUAACCUCUGGUCCGUGUCACCGUUUGGCAUGCAGGCCCCACCCAUCUCUGCCUUCAGAUAGCCAGUAUCAGGCUUUGUCUCUCCUGCAGCCACACUGCCCCCCCCACCCCCCCCCCCACCCUCCACCCUCCUACACCCCCACCCCCACCCCCCGCUCCUCCUCCUCCACCAACCCACCCUUCUCUUCUGCACAUCAAAAAACACUAAAGAAGAAGAAAGGCUAGUCAUGUGACUUCCUUUUGAGGAGCUGGCCACAUAGAGCGGAGAUGAUUGGUAAUUGGAAAGGUGGCCGAGUAGAAAGCAGAGCAGGACGCCAAACGAGACGCAGUUCACCUGAAACACAGAGAGAGAGAGAGGAGAGAGAGAGAGAGAGAGGAAGGAGAGAGAGAGAGAGAGAGAGAGAGAGAGAGAGAGGAAGGAGAGAGAGAGAGAGAGAGAGAGAGAGAGAGAAGGAGAGAGAGAGAGAGAGAGAGAGAGAGAGAGAGUGUGUUUGCACCUCUGACUCUAAAUUAAUUUAAUUUAGUUUGAAUAAAGUCAGAAACACUGAAACAGUCACAAUAAAAAUAAAAACACAGAGGUGAAGGUGAAGACGGCUCAUUUCUUCUUCUUCUUCUGCACUUUGAUUAAUCCGUCUUUAACAUGUUUAUUCUGCAGAGACUCAAACCUCUCUGAGUGUGUCUGUCUCAUUACGACAACGACUGAUAAAUCUCAUUUUAAAUCUCAUUUUAAAUCUUAUUUCAUCAAACAGAGGAUAAACACUUCAUCCAUCAAACCACGUAAACCAGGGCGAGAGCGUCCUUUUAGAGAAGAGUCACGUCCUGAAAAUCUGCGUUUACUACGACAGCAGCCAUCUUUACUCAGUCCAGUCAGUUCAGUCUUUAUCUUUGUUUGUAAUAUCUGAUUUAACAUUUAUAUGUCAGGAGGAAGUGAGUGUUUUAAUCAGGAUCAGAAGGGGUUUUAUUGCUGUUGUCGAUGAACAGGAUUCACAGACUAGGAAUUUUUUACGGCGUGAUGAUGCAACAUUAAACAGAGAAAAAUAUAUAAAAUACUAGAAUAAAAACUAAUAAGAGCAUGCAGGAGAUAUAUAAAGUAUAAAAGUAUAACAGGCUAUAGACAACUACACAAUACAGAACAACAGUGCAGUAGGAGGAGUUAAUUAAAAAACCGAAGAACAUUAAACUAAAGUGAGCAGAGAUAAAGUGACGGAGUUUGACUAGAAAGAUAAGAUGUUCCUUCAAUAGUCUUAAAAUUACAGCAGCGUAGUUUAGAAACAAAAGAUAAAAAUUAAAAGAAACUUUGAGUUAAAACAAGAUCUAUGCUGUGGUCAUAUUCACAUCUGUACAGAAGUCACAUGAUAACAGGGUUUAUUGCACAUCAACGUUCCUGUUGUUGAAAUGAGACAAACACAGUUAGAUUCUCGUCCCUGUGUUUGUGAUCAUUAAUAUAAUGAAGCUGUUUGAUAUUAUUUAUGAAUCCAUAUUUUUCAUCAGGCUGUUGGAAAAUACUUUAAACGUAUAUCUACACUAAACUGAAAUUUAAGAGAUUUUAACUAAAAUAAUCCUGAAUUACAGAGCGCUGAGAUUUCUGCCUUCAAUGAUAAGAACAGAUAUUUGUUUAUUCUUCCCAUAAAAGUAAAUUCUAAAAUUUACAGCAGCGAUAAAAACAGAAAUUAAAGAAACUUAAAAGAUGUAAAAAAGAUAAAUACAUGAAUGUUAUUUACAUGUUCAUGUUAAUUUAUUACAGUUAAAAAUGGAGAUAUUUGUAUGUAUGACUUUGAUCACCUGAUCAAUCAAACACUGAUUUAGUAUUUGACUCUAAGGCUACGUUCACAAUCCCGAUUUUUCGUUAAAUCCGAUCUUUUUGUGCGAUCGUUCAAAUUACAACAACGAUCAUCUAAUGUGAACAGAACGCGUCCGUGAAGUGACCCUCAUGCUCACAAAACACAAAUUACUCUCCCCUCCUGUUCGUGUCGUUGAACAACGGUGACGUUUGUCUCAUAUUGAUGACGUAAAGAUCGGAUAAAUGCGACCUGAGCGUCCACACAGCAGUCACAAACCAAUCAGAACUGACCUGUUCACACUUGGAUGAAAAUUCAGAUAUGAGUCACAGAUGGUUAAAACAUCAGACCUGACCUGCAGUUUGAACACAGACUAAUUAUCAGGAGACUUAAAAUUACAAUCAUUUUAACAUGUGAAACAUGAGAGGGUCUGACUGUGAGAGGAUUGGAUUAGUUUUUAAGAAUCUUCAUUAAAACAUAAAGACCUAAAGUGUGAUCUAGUGUGAGUUUGUCUAUAUUAACAGUUGAAUGUGUUUUUAAUCCACUUUAUCUGACCCGCUCUCAGCUCCUUUAUGAUCUCCUCUGUGUGAGUAAACAGUCGACACACACAGCUGCUGGUUUCCCUCAUUAAAGGUUAAUGAUUUAAUUAAAGGGGAGGAUCUUUGUUCACUGAAUAUUCUCACAUUUCUCAGGUUGUUAGUUUUUAAAAUCAAACCCUUUCGUGUAAAUCUGAUCUGUUUUCCUCCUCUUUGUGUUUCUCGUCGUCGUAGUGAAACCGCCGCGGCUCCUCUCGUGUCGUAAAAAGCCGCUCUUAUUAGCUGGCGUCGUGUGUUUUAUCAGCGCUCACCUCGGCGAGGUUCAUUUCCCCUCUCCUCCUGAUAAACGUGGCGAGAUGAUCUAGUGCUUCCUCCCCCAGAUCAAAUAUUUGCCCCCGUCAUAAUCAGGGCUGUUGGAUGUUGUUAAUUUGAGGCGGGGGGAAACAUGGAGGCUUUUAAGUGUUUGAUGGGGGUUGGGCAGGGGUCAGGGGUCAGGGCCACUAAUGACAACGUGUUGAGGAGGGCUUGGGUGUCAGCGGCGUCAGAGGAGCGGCUCUGUUGGUGGUUUAGCUCGGCGUGUUUUUGCUUUUCUUCUUCUUCUUCUCCUCUCCUGUCCGUCUGAACUGAUCCGGCGCAGCUUUGUCCACUUAGCAUUUCCUGUGUGUAAAAAGCUACUUAAUGGCACAACGCCACAUUGUGACCACCAUCUCUGUCACGCUCAGAGGCGCGCCCCCUUUUUCCUCCUUAACUCAAGUACGAUCCAGCGUGGGCCACCUCUGAUUUAAAGCAUCCCAUAAUUAGCCCUUCAGUAGCUGGUGGUCGCCACGGGGAAGGAGGGAGGGAGAGAAAGAAAGCGAGGCUAGGAGAGGACGGUGGUCUCCUCGCUCUCUCUCUCUCUCUCUCUCUUUGCCGCUUCCCCUCACGUUACAGCUUCCUGUAUCGAUUGCUGGGCCUGGCGAUGACGAGGGCCCGGCUGAUGAAAAGGAGCGCUAUUUCUAUCCAGGAUGUUGGGAGUGUGUAUUGAUCGCCGGCUCCAUCCUACACACAGUCGCACACAUGUGGCGCAAAAGGAAGAUAUUUAUUACAUGUACGGGAGCCGGGAGCCGGGGUCCAUUUUAAGGCUCCGCUCCGUCUGUUUUGAGGUGCUGUUGGCUCUGAGGAGAGAGAGAGAGAGCGAGAGAGAGAGAGCGUGUGAGCUGGUGUGGUCCGCCACUUUGGGUAGGGGGUGGUGCUGGGAUGGUUAUACCGCUGACCCCCGGAUUUCUGCUGCUGACCUGUGGGGCUCCUGAUCAAAUGGGGGUUUUGUUCCUGGGCUCCCCCCAGGUCCAGCCACUGAUCAGCAGUUGCUCCUCCAUUGGAGCUGAACAGAAUGCGCUGGAGGCAUUUCCAUGAAACCCCCACCUCCUCCUGUACUCCCUCCCUUAUCCACCACCCCCUGCUUCAGGCCACUCCUCCAUUUUGUGAUCGCCCUCCUCACACUCUCUCUCUCUCUGUGACGCUCGUCCGCUCUCUCUCUCUCUCUCUCUCUCUCUCCUCGGCCGUGCCCUUUCUUGACCUCUGUGCGUAAACUGAAACGGGUCAAGACACCCGCCAGGUCACUUGAGAGGAGCCGACUCGGGUUGCAGGUUCUGAUUUGUGGAGUUUUUUUGUUGACAAAUGUACACAUGGAGACACACACACACACACACACACACACACACACACACACACAUGGAAGUUCACAUGCUGCCUUUCAUUACGUAACUGUGAGGAGUCUGAGCUCCUGCAGAAUUAAACUCAGAGACAGAAGGGAGUCAGAGACCUCGUCCUACACGGAGGACAUCUAUGUGUGUGUGUGUGUGUGUGUGUGUGUUUUCCUGCGUUUCUGCAGAACAAAAGGGGUUGUGUGGUUUCCUCACUGGUGCAUUGUGGGCAUUGACGGGGUUGGAGAGGGGGUAGGGUGCUGAGACAAACCACUCAACUUUGACCUGGAGAGACAAGCUGCUUGUGGUCUGAAGACAGGAGAGGAAGAGGAAGGACUCGUGUGCCGCCGCAGAGUUUCAGAGCGCCGAGCCGUCCAUGGUUAUUCAUCAUUAUUCAGAGGGUCUUUGGUUCUGUGGGGGGGGGCUGGAUUUUAAUUAGAUUAUUACAGGUUUUUGCUGCUGCAGGAUUUUCUCUGAAUGAUCGAAAAAAAAUCAGAAAAUUAAUCUGAGUUUAAAUUUGAGAGCUGGUCUCUAAAAGCUCCAUUUUCCUGUCGUGUGUGUGUGUGUGUGUGUGCAUGUGUGUGUGCGCGCUCACAGCUUUAACUCACACGUUAGUAAAGUCCUGACUGAUGAAUCCUGUCGUUCCUGCAGAUCUUCCUCUUCAUAUCAAUCCUGCUCAAAGCCACAAACUCUCCUCUUUGUUUCUCACCUCCUUCCCCACUCCUCCUCACUCCUCCUCACUCCUCCUCACUCCUCCUCACUCCUCCACUUUUACUCCACCUUUACCUGCCUCCAAAACCUCGCUCUCGUUCCUCUCCGUUCCCUGAUCCUCAUCGUUUCCUCAAAGCCAAAUCCGAUACCUGAACUCGUCCUCCAUCAGCUGAGAAUCGAAGAAGACGAGGAGAGAGAAAAAAACACUCAGACUGUUUUUUACUAAAUUAAUUAAUUAAUAAUUUAAUUCAACAUGAGCAGCUUUAUGAUAAAAUAAUCUUAAAUAUUAAAGGUGAAGAAGACAGGAGUGAGAGCUUCAGAUACGUUUAUAGAGGUAAUAAACAAAAAGUCGUUUUAAUCUUAUUUUCUUAAUUUAAAGUAUAAUUCGCUCCUUCCUGACUGAUAUUCUCUGUUUUACAUUAAAACUUGAAAUGAUUGGUAUUUAUUAUUUAUUCUAAUUAAAGUUCUGUUAAAUUAAAAGUCUGUGAAUUUCUCAUAAAAUCACGUCGGCGUCUAUUUCUGUGUUUUCUUUCAUUUGAUCAUUAAAUACCUGCUCGUUUAUGUCCGCUGACAGAAAUAAGAGGUACAUAAAAACUCUAAAUUUGUAAAAGUUUAAAACUUUAAUCUGAGAUAUUUUUAGAAAACAAAAGUGAAAACUUGAGAGAUUUCCUGCUGUGAUUAAAUGUUCAUAUCCUGACAGUUUAUCCUGCGUUCUGUGGUGAUCUUGGCCUGAUCCGGAUUAUUUAACUCCAUCAUGUUUUUGUCCUUAAAUAAAGUAAAUGUCAUUUAAAAGGAUUUUAUUAAAAGCUUUAGGAGAAAAACUCUUCAGUCAGUUUUUAAAAAUCGGUGUUUGAACAUUUCUGUGAUUUGAAAACAAAAAUUCAUUCAAAGAAUAUUUUUUAAAAGUUUUUAUUAUUUCAUUUUAAUUUUAUUUAAAAUCUGAAUUAAAGGUUAUUAAUGUAAGAGUGGAGCUCUGGUGUAAAUGUGUAAAUUAAUCCAGUAUUUUUUUUUAAAGCAUCUCUGCUCUGAGCGCUGACCUCGCUCUAACAUCAGUGUGUGUGUGUGUGUGUGUGUGUGUGUUUGUGGUAUUACACUUUCUUAGGUUUACACGUGUGUGUGUGUGCUGAGCUCUUAGUUUUUAAUUAAUUCACACUUCCUUUGUCACAUUCCCACUCCUCUCUUUACCCACUUCUUCUGCUCUCUUCCAUAUUCAUCUCCAUCUAUGAAUAGACCUCGUAUAGAGCACCUUCAGCUUCCUGUAAGUGCUGUCGUCCACAGACAUUAUAGAAAAAAUGCUGCCGAGCGCUUUUUCCCUCCUUCCUCUCUGGUUUCACGUUUGAUUCCCUCUGCUCAUUUGCUCCUUUCUCUUCCUGUCUCCUACACAUCUGCUGCUCCGGCGGGCGCUGAAUUUUCUGAUCGCCUGCAUUGUUAUUUUUAGGCCCUGGAUGUAUAGUAGGUAGUGGGUUUGCUCUGCUCGCUCACUCGCUGCGUGUUCGUGUGGGCGUGUUUACCUAUGCCCGGAUCUGCAGGGCUCCCUUCGAUUCAUGAAGGUCACAGAUGCGGCGCGGUUCAGGCGUCCGUUCUGUGCCACGGCGGAGACAUAAAUCAUCGUCCGGUGGUUAUGUAGUAACCGAAUCAAUAAUGGCGAUCAUGUAGAUAAGAUGGAUGUGCUGAGAGACAAAGAUUGCACGUUUGUGAGCGCCUCCUCGCCGUCUUCUCUCUGCUGGAGGAAAAGGAGGAUGUGGUGUUUCUGGGUAAAGUAGAUAAAGGGUGUAAAGCAGGGACGCGGCAGCGGCGGCGGCGGCGUCGGCGGCGUUGUGUGUGAGAUAAGUCCCUCUGUGCACAGACUGUCAUGGCAGUUGGAGCAAACAGUCGAUCCAAAACAUUCAAACCGGCGUGUUCAUCAUGUCGUGUUUGCCGCAGUGCUCACAGAGCUCACCGCCGCCGUGGUUAACUUGUGUAUCCUGGAGAUCACACAUGACGAUGAUGAUGAUGAUGAUGCUGAAGUGUUAUCUAAGGUUAGGGUUCUGUGCAGAGAGAUUCAGACGAGUCCUUUCAUUGAAAAAAUGAGGUUUACCUUAAAGACAGAGACUCUCCUCACACCUGAGAAAAGAACUCAGUGAGUCUUUGUUCGGUCCAGUCAAGGUGAAACUCUCUGAGACUGACUCAGACUCAGGGAGGAGACGUCUCUCUGCUGUCUGUCUGUGAGCACUGAAGGUACCAACCCGACCCAACUCCACACACACACACACACACACACACACACACACGGCCUGCCACAGUGUGUACCUCCUCUGUCUUGAACACACACCCUCGUGUAUUGCAGACAUCAUCAUUAUGAAUUCAUCGAGCUAUAAGCGCCAGCCGCUUUUAAAUGGAUAAUUGCUUUUUUCCUCCCAACAGAGCAAACUGGUGAUGGAGGGCUUCCGCAGCUUAAAGGAGGGUGAGCAGGUGGAGUUCACCUAUAAGAAGUCCUCCAAGGGCCUGGAGUCCCUCCGGGUGACGGGACCCGGUGGGGGACCCUGUGCAGGCAGCGAGAGACGACCCAAAGGGAAGGUCCCACUCCAGAAACGCAAACCAAAGGGAGACCGGUGAGUGAGAGAGAGAGAGAGAGAGAGAGAGAUCCAGGAAACAUCAGCUCUGUCUUUUUCGUUUCUGCGGGGAUGUAAUGACUCAUGUAUGCAUUUAUAUCCCAUGAGUCUUUGCUUCACCCAAAACAACCCUUAAUGUGUUUGCGUUUGGAGAGCUGCCUACAGUGGAGGGAGACAUAUGUUAUAUACGUACAUGUGAACGCGGCGAGCGAUUUCUGAGUGGGCUGAGAUUAUAGAUUAGAUCUAUUCAAUCUGCCAGACUACAUGCCUGUUGCUAUGGUUAUUGUGCACCAUAACAAGGAACUGAAUAGGGCACUUUGCCCGCCAUCGCCGCUAUUUUAAAUCAAUUUACUAGCUUUUACAUUAGAGACAGCAUUAGCAGACGAAGGGAAGGAAGGGAAGGAUUGGGUUUAUAUGCAUCUCAAUGCGGCAGUCGCUCAAUCAAUCGUUUUGUCUGCAGUGAAAUCCUGAAGGGUGCUCUGCUCGAAUCUGUCCGAAGGAAACAACCAUACAGAGCUCGGAGUUAAGAGCAGAGGAGACAGAGAAGGACGAGGAGAAUUAUUCGAGUGUAUCUCACAGGGCGAGCGACAGGGAUCCAUUAAGACGAGAAAGUCCAGCUCUCCUCCGGGUUUGAGUGUGAAGAGGAGAGCUGGUGUGAGGAAUGAGGAAACAGGAUCUGAGGCAGGAGGCUGAUUGGUUUACACAGCUGAAUAAUUCAGGUGAUUUGGGAUAAUUGAUCCAGUGUUAGGUCAAGUGUCGCUGCCUUCUCCUGAGGUGGGAGCGAGGCGGCGUUGGCUUCAGACAUGGCAGGUAGACAGCUGUGAUGUAAUCUGUCACUGUGAGCGCGCUCAGUGUGAGCAGUAGUUUCGCUGCUCUGACCCCUGCUGGUCACUCCGUUAUGCAACCGAGCGUUGUGACAUUUCUUCUUCUUCUGCUGCUGCUGCUGCUGCUGCGGUUUGAAGGUGUUUGAACCAAGAGUGGGUUCAUUUGUUCCUCUGAGUGGAAACUGUGGAGGUUCUCCGCCGUGAUGACGCUCCACAAACAUCUCUGCUCCGGUAUGUGAUGAGUUGUGUCUCAAAUAUUUUCAGCCAUCUUGUCUUCAUUAGGCCGGGAUCUAAUGUGGUUCCUGGUACUUAAAAAACAACAUAGUUCACCAGUUAGUCACUGAAUAAAUCCACCCAACUAUUUUAUAACAGUUCUUAUGAAUAACCGUGUUUUAUCCUCUCACACACGCUUCAAACAGUCGAUCAGACUUUAUUUGUAAAGAACGUUUCAUACAUAUAAUGUAGAACAAGGUUCUGUCCAUUCAAGCAGGAUAUUAAAAACAAUGAAAUAAAAUAAAUAAAAAUACAAAUACCAAACAACACCCACCCUCCCAACCGCCAUUCAACACACACACACACACACACACACACGCACGCACGCACGCACGCACGCACGCACGCACGCACACACACACACACACACACACACACACACACACACACACACACACACACACACACAGAUGCGUCAGAUCAGGUGAGGAUUCUUCAACUUGAGUUAAAAGAAAUGAGGAAACUCUGGAUCUCGGACUAAAACGAUAAAACUAUAAUAAAAUAUAAUAAAGGUGAUAAAGAUUUAAAAGUUACUGAAAUAAAAGAGUCUUAAAAUCAAACAAUAACAGGAGGUAAAUUAAAAAGAGGUAAUAAAACACAUAAUAGUCACUCUAGGUCUAAAGUCGGAUAAAAUCACAUCAUGCAGAGAAUAAAAACAAAAUUUAACUCAAAGACUAAAAAGGUCUUUAGUUUACUUUUAAAGAUCUGAACAGUAGGUGUCGCUCUCAGGUCUGCAGGUAGGCUGUGAUGAUUCACCGCAUGUUUUAGUUUUUACUUUGGGAAAAAUGAAAAGACCUGAAGACCUGAGGGCUCGACCGGGAUCAUACGAUAAAUCAGACAAAUAAGAAGGACCAUUAAGAGCUUUAAAAACUAAUGAAAGAACCUUAAAAUCAUCUUUAAAAUUAGACACAGCUAGCCAACACAGAGAUUUUAAAAGUUUAGGAGCUUUUUCAUGUCAGAAACUGUUUUAAAAAUCUUUAUUUUCUCCGUUCUUGUUGCUGAAGAUGUUUGUUAAAUAAAUAAAAUUUUUUAAUAAGUUUGUAUUUAAAAUGUUUUUAAAUACCUUUUUUACAUCAACAUGGAUGAAUUCAUAAUUCCUGACAGUUAAAUUAAAUGUAACUAUUUACUGUGAGGAGAUUUCUGCUGUUUAUUAAAAACCGUUUAAAUUGUUGGAAAUAAUCUUAGAGGUUUAAAGAUUUUCCUCAGUUCUGGAUCUUUACAGUCCAGUUUUGAUCCAGUUACAGAAACUCAUCAGGGAUUAAAUCAUUCUGAUGGAUUAUUGAAAACUCCUCUGAGGAGCUUUAAGAUGGUUCAUACUGAUGUCUCUUUAUGUUCUACAGAAACAAACUAGACUAUAAAUAAAACUUAUGUUUAAUCUCUCCCUCUGUUGGUUAAACAGCAUGCUGUCAAAAGGCCUUUAUUUACAAAAAUUCAAUAAUACACGAGGGCGUACAUGUGGGUAUCAUAAAGAAGGAGGAGAAAGAAAUAAGUUACUGAGAGCAUUUUCUUCAAGUUUGUAUAUUUUAGAUUCAACCAGGUGUAGUUGUCUAUCAGUUUAAUGUUUUAUUAUUAUUAUUAUCAUUAUUAUUAUUAUUAUUAUUAUUAUUAUUUCUGGUGUAAAAGUUGAGACUUAAAUGUUCUCUGGAGUCAUUAUUUUAGUCCAGCUCGGUGAUCUUCAGGAGAACCUGUCAGGUCUGGUCUCCUCCUCUGGUCUCUGGUUUGUUAGUUUGAUGGUCUGCUGUCUUUAUUUAUGCUCUCUGAUGUGUCCUCCAUAUUUACUGUACUUACUGUCUCUGUUUUGAACUUUAGUUUGAUGCGUCUGGUUGUUAAUUCUCCACAAAGACACAGUUUGGGCCUCAGAUAAAACCACCAUGAUUCACUCUCAUGUGUUUCAGUGGAAAAUGUCUCAUCAGUGAAUGAAUGAGUGAAUCAGGUCUGAGGAGUGUCGAGCUUUGUACAGCAGAUUCAUGAAUUCACUCAGUUUGUCGGUUUGAUUUGAUUCGAGCUCAGAUCUUUGAGGCGUCCUGAUCAGCUGAUUUUGGUCACAUGUGUCUGCAGCAUUUUCAGACUCUUUAAUCGGCCAAUUGCUUCAUGUCAAAUAUGAUAACACAAUGAAAGGCACGGUUCUGCUCACAUUAGAGCCACUGUCAUAUCAUGUGUCGUAGCACCAUCUAGUGGAAAAUCUGAGUUACAGCACCUAUUAUCUUGGAUGUUUUCUGUGGGGUUGGUUUUUUCCUUACCCUUAAUCUCAUGACAGUUUUUAAUCUGGACUCUGUAAUACAGACAUGUCAGCAUAUUUCAGCUGAACAGACGUGGACGAAAAUGUUAAGAUGAGAUUAAAAUGUUUAAAGACUGUUACGGAAAAAAGGAUAAAGUGAGUCAAACAGAGCUGCUCCUCAGAAAUAAACCCGACCCCUGAGAGAUUUAAAAAUGUAAUAAAAUAAAAAAAGGAAUGUGUUUUUCAUUGUGAAUAGAAAAAAAAACAUAGAAUUAAAUUAAAAAUUAAAUUAAAACACAUGUUAAUGUCUGACAGUGAAGUGACCAUUUGAUGUGUUUGUUUGAGGUAAAAAUGUGGAUUUUCCUUCUUUUUCUUUUUGUAAAUUACUCUGAAAAAUUAAAGUCAACUUAGAAAUUGUGCUUCUGGCUACAGAACAAAAAUAGUUUAAUGUAUUAAUUAUCAAUGUCUAGUUAUUUAAUGUAACACCUUUGUUACAGCAGGCUCACCAGACCUUUAAUUAGUUAAAGACUAAUUUAAGUGAAACCAGUGACAAAAUUCUGAUUUCCAAAAAGAACUGGAUAAAUAUCUACGCACAAUAAACAAAAAUUAAAAACUCUAACAUUUCUUUGCUCUAGCCUGUUAUACGUUGAUGGUGUUUGUCAGGAUUUUUCCUGUCAUGUCGUCCUUCACUGUAAAGUCGUUACACAUCGGUGAAUUAGCGAAGUGAAUCAUUUGCUUUUUUUAAAAUCCUCAUUAAGUCAACGCGAGCUUCCACAGCGGCUACGAACUUCUGCAGAGCGGAAAAGAGACUGUAAUUUUUUCAUGCUCUGGAUCAGUCGGCUCUCUGUAGUUUGUCCUCCCCCCCUGACGUGGAGUCAGCUGAUGGAGCAGCUCUUUCUGAAGUAUUGUCAGAAUUUCUCAGGAUAUAAUUUUAGCUCCUGAAUCGUUUUGUGGAGCUCCUCCUUCUCCUGUCUAAGGUCAGUGUUGGACGGACUCAGACACUUUGAUUCUUCUUUUUUCUUUUUGUUAUUUAAUCGUCUCACAACCAUGACCAGGUCGUCACCACUUGAGGAGGUUGUAGUCGACAUUUUUUCUCCUCCUUCCCUCGCCCUCUCUGUUCUCCUGUGGCGUAUUUUUAUGUGAAUUUUAUUCCCUCUUGCUCCAGGUGUGUAGAGGAAAAGGUGUAAGCUGAAUAUUUUGUGCUGCUUUUUCACGUCACUUUGCUAAUUCGCCGGUCUGUAACGACCUUCAGAGUCAUAAUAACAGGACAGAGUCGCCCUGCUGCUGAUCUGACGUCAGUUUAACAGUCAGAGGCCUAACAGGAGCGAGCCGAGCCGGAGUGUGGAGCAGAGAUGUGAUAAAAACUUGUUUCUGAAUGGUUGAGACACUGGAGUAGAAGUGAAGUUGUUGUUUGUUUUCUUGGGUCUCCUGAGCGCAGAGUCUAAACAUCAUCAUGAAACGAGGCGUUCAGUCCGUCACCGCCUCCUCUGUAUGGCACCGCCUCCUCCUCAUGUCCCUGUGUCAUCCCCUCUGUCUCUCCUCUGUCCCCUCUAGCUGUUAUAACUGUGGAGGUCUGGACCACCAUGCCAAGGAGUGUGGCCUGCCCCCCCAGCCAAAGAAAUGCCACUACUGCCAGAGCAUCACGCACAUGGUGGCUCAGUGUCCCCACAAGGCACUGGUGCCCGCCACAGGCUCUCAGGACCAACAUGCGUCUACCUCGACCUCGGCCUUCAGCCCAGGGACCGGGCCCUACCUCUGCCCCCCCGAGGAGGAGGAGCGCUCCGGCUCGUCUCCCCUGGAGGGCUCCUCAUCCUCCCCUGAGGAGCCUCACACGCGCGGCCCCCGGACCCAGAGGUGGAGGAAAUCCUGA